UUGAAGGAUAUAAAACAAGAGUGGAAGGGGCAACUUCUGUUAAUAUUGUUAUAGUAUUUAUUUCUUGUCAUCGUAAUUUUUCUGCACUUGUUGCAGUUGCAGUUGCAGGCUUUGCACCUUCCCCUUUCUCUCUCUCUCUCUCUCUCGGGACAAGAGAGCAGAAUAAUGGAGCUCCAAACCCCGAACAAUUAUGGCGUAACCGAAAACCCAGACACUCCCCUCUUCGAAGACAUCGACAGCACCUGCUCCACUCCCUACGUCAGCGCCCCUUCCAGUCCCGGCCGGGAACCCAUCUCUGCCGCCGGAGCCGGCUUCUUCUACAGUGCUCCUGCCAGUCCAAUGCACUUCACUAUAUCCGCCGCUUCCACUUACUCACACUCACCCUCUUGGUCUUCCUUGGAAAAAAACUCUUGUUGCGAUUUUGAGUUCUCGGCCCGGUUCGGUUCGUCCGGGUUGACUGGUUCGGGUUCGAUGAGCUCGGCCGACGAGUUGUUCUUGAACGGUCAGAUCCGUCCCAUGAAGCUCUCGACCCACUUGGAGCGGCCACAAGUCUUAGCUCCCUUGCUGGACCUCGAAGAAGAAGAAGAAGAGGAAGAAGAAAACGAGGUACGAGGUAGAGAUCUGAGGCUGCGAGACAAGUCACUCCGCAGAAGGACCAGAUCCCUCUCACCUCUUAGGAACACGCCGUUAGAGUGGACGGAGAACGAGGAAAAAACAGACAAGAAGGAAAACGUGACCCCUUCCGUUUCGAGCGGAAGUGGAAGGAGUUCCAAGAGGUGGGUUUUCUUGAGGGAUUUUCUAAGAAGCAAAAGCGAGGGAAGGAGUAAUAACAAGUUCUGGUCCACUAUUUCCUUUUCCCCCGCCGCCAAGGAAAAGAAGGGAAAUGGGCCGCAGAAGCCCAAGAAGGUCGCCGGAAAGCCCACUAACGGCGUCGGGAAGAGGCGCGUGCCGGCGUCGUCGCCGCACGAGUUGCAUUAUAAAGCCAACCGUGCGCAAGCGGAGGAGUUGAGAAGAAAAACCUUUUUGCCUUAUAGGCAGGGCUUGCUUGGGUGCUUGGGAUUUAGUUCCAAAGGUUAUGGUGCCAUGAGUGGCUUUGCUAGAGCCUUAAACCCUGUCUCUUCCAGCUAAAAUUUUAUUUCCUCUUAAUUAUAAAAAAAAUGUAUAGAAAAUAUCAUCGUUGUUGUUAUUGAUGUUUCUUCUAUCGUUUUGGAAGCUUUACGAUAUAUAUUCUAUCUUCCUUCCUUCCUUAUAGUCCUUGUAGAUAUGCUCAUAAACAGUGUACAAUGGUAUUUUAAGGCUACUCCACUCGAUCGAGUUUAUAUUCACAC